AUGCGCACGUAUUUGGCAAUUAUUUGCUUCGCCUUAUUUGUUGGUACAGUUUCGAGUCGAUCUCUGUAUUCGAAUUCAGAAGAUGAUGAUACGAACGAUCUAAUUAAUCAAGAUGGGGAUAAUUCUAAUGAUGAUAAAUCUGAACUUCCUGAUUAUGUACAGCAAUCAAUAGAUCGUAUUAGUAAUGAUGUAAAUUGGAGUGAUAAUAACGCUGAUGAUCGCGAAAUUUUACUAGAAGAUGAUAGUGUCCCCAAUCUACCUGUUGAAACAAACGGUAUAAAUGUUAGUAAAACAUCCAAUGAACAAUACAAUCGACACGAUGAUGAUAAUAGUGAUGAUAAUGAUGACAGUAAUAGCAAAGAUAAUUUCGAUGAUACUGAAUAA